UUUGAACAUGAAUCUGCGCAAUCGAGCGGACGACAGCGUACGCACGCCGGUGCUUCUGCUCGUCCUCGUUCUCACGUCGCUUUUCUCGAUGAGCUUGCUCCAGGAGACUUUGACGGCCGAGGUGCCAGCGCCACCCGCCCGCCCACCCAUGGUCCGCCAUGCGCGACUGCAGCUCGACCCGAUCGCGUCGUCGGCAACGCCCACCGCCACCACUGCAGUGACACCAUUGACCAACACCACCCCGCCGGUAUCACCGACGCCAACACCGGCACCAACACCGACACUGCUGUCGACGCCAACACCGACACUGCCAUCGACACCAACGCCGUUUCCGACCGACAAGUGGGGCAACAUCUUUCCCAAGGAUCCUGCUGGCAAGAUCGACUGCGCAGUCAUCGCGAUGGGCCACCUCUCGGUCGAGUAUGUCAACAAGACCGACUGCUACACGGUCGAGGACCGGAGGGCCAUGAUCCGUACCAUGGUGUACACGCUCCUCGACGGGUUGGAAGCCAACGGCAUCGAGUACUGGCUCGACUCGGGCUCACUCCUUGGGUCGGUGCGCGACGGUGGCUUGAUCCCGUUCGACUUGGACGCCGACUUUGGCUUGACGCACGACUCGUUUACCAAGCUGCGGCGUACACCUAUCCCAUUUCCGUCCCGUUACGAGCUCUUUGUCAACAAGAGUCCGCUGUACAGAAAGGGCCCGUACGCGUACCUCCCCGGGCGGUUCGUGGACAAGCACAAGGGCUUCUACGUCGAUCUCUUCGAGUUUCACCCGUCCAUCAACCAUACCCAAGUCAACACAACGACGAGUCUGCAUGUGGACGGCGGCACCCACGCGACGCUGCGCACCAAGGACGCGGUCGUCAACGUCGAGUCGACAAACGUCAACACCUCGACGCACCUCGAGGUGACAACCACCACGACUGUGGCGAUCGAUGUGCUGGCGCCCGUCGCCUCGGUGUGCUGGUGGGCCUGCAAGCACUGCCCGGCGCCCAACCACUUUGUCGUACCGCGCGACUGGGUCUUCCCCCUUGUUCGCUGCAAGUUUGACGACCGCAGCACGUGGUGUCCGGCCAACACGCAUGCGUACCUCACGAUGCUCUACGGCGACACGUACAUGACGCCGCAAUAGGACUCGAUAGCUGGACAAACGUAUUUAACCCUUCUACGGUAUUAACUCGAGCUUCGAGUGAGUACGUCGGAUGUUAUCUCUGCGUUGCGAG